CUUAUCAAAACCUGGAGUUAUAAACCCACACACGCCAGGCUCGAAAUGGAUGAGGCAGAAAAGUACCAGCAGAGGCUGCAGGCCAUUGUAGAGAAGAGGCAGUUGCAGGAAGAGGAAGAGAAAGUCAGGAGGGAGAUGGAAGAAGAGUGGCUGAAACUUGCUCACCACAAGAGGAAGUCUCUGAGAGAGCAGUGGCUGAUGGAAGUGACCCCCAGCAGUGCUGUGGAUCCGAAACUGCAGUCUGUGAUUCCCACUCCUCAGACAACAGAGCAGAGUGCAGAAGAAACACAAAGCUCAGAGAGACAAAUGAAGAAAGAAGAAGUGGAAAAAACCGAGAACAUGAAUGAAGAAUCUACACAAAUUGGGAAGAAUGAGCUUUCAAUCCAUUCUGCAGACAAAAUAGAGAAGCCAGCACAGACAUAUCUGGGAGAGGAGGACGGAAACGUGCUUGAGGUGUUGGAGGUUGAAAUGAAGAGAAACCUGCUUUCAAAAGCAGCACAUGAGGAUACAGCAGAAAAGAGAAAGGUGAAGACAGAAGAGCAAGAGGUUGAUCAAUUAGCAGUGGAUCUACUGCACCAUUCAUUACAGCAUAAUAAGACAGCAGAUGAGGCACAUGGUUCUUUAGCUGAUAGAAAAAUAGAGUUAAGUAUGGCAGAAGACAAUGCUGCAGUGGAGGAGGAAGAAUGGGAGAUGGUGAAUUGUAGUCCAGAAGAAGGCCUGGGCCUGGUGCUGACCUCUGACUUAACACAAGCUCAGAUAGACUCAGGCUUCGGUCAUAAAGGUGAUGGAACCAUUCUGAAGGUGGAGCAAGUAUUCAUCAUGGAUGAAGAAGAGGAUGUAGGGAUUGGUGCAUCUGAGGUGUUGAGCCUUGUUGUGGCUGAGAAGAAGUCCGAUCUUGAAGACACAUCCUGUGAAUCUCCGUCAGAAAGAACCCAAGAGGAAAGACCUCCUGGGGGUGCAUUACAGACUCUUUCUUAUGAAAAGGGGGCACAUGCAGGUACAUCUGCCCCUUUGCAGGAGCUGAGUAAUGUGUCGGGUAUAAAUUCUCCAGUAUAUUCAGUAGAAUAUGAAUGGAAUCUGCCACACCUUCCAGCACAUACAACACACGCUGUAGAAGAAAUUCUUGGAGAUAAUACAGAAUACAAAGGGAACCAAAGUAUAUCUGCAGACAGGAUUGUAAAAGUGGAAUUGAAGGAGGCAUUGGGUCCUGAAGAUGAAGUGUUUCAGAAUAUCUCAUUAGAUAAAAAAAGAGAGAAAUCUUCAUCCUUGUUGCAGAUGGAAAUGGUUGCACAAAGCACUGAGCAUGAGUCAGAAAUACAAAUACUGAUGCCUCCAAGUGUAGCUCCAAAUAGAGCAGAAACAGUCACCCCAACAAAAAGAAAGACUUGCCACUGUUGCACUGUCAUGUAAGCAAGCACUCGGACAGCUUGUGUUUUCUCUUUCGUUCUCUUUUAUUAGAUUCGCUGUCUUAGAUUUUCAAUUUCAUUUUCCACUCUGAAUUUUAGUAUGCGAGUACAGUUUUCUUCCAUCUGCAUUAGUAGGUUUAAGGUUUUGGGUGACAAAUAACAGAAAUAUCUGAGUAGCCAAGAUAUGUGUGCCUUAACAGUUAUCCUUGUUGCCCCCUGCUGGACAGACUUCCAUAUUGAAAGAUGAUCUUUAGUAUGCCAAAGCACAUUUAUUCCUAGUCCUAAAACAAUGUGUAUUAGUAAACAAACAUUAUGCAGUGUGACAUGGGAUAGAGAGAAUAUGUGCAAAGUUGCCUUGAUUUUAAUUUUGCUUGAAUGAUAAACUCUGAAAAUAGUAAAUAAUUAGUGUUUAAUAUGGUUAAUUAUGUCACAUUUACAGUGCUUAAUCCUAAAUUAUCUAGAUUGUUACAAUUUAUUAUUUUCUCUGUACUGUAUCCUGAAAUAUCUUUUUGAGCACUACAUGAAAGACUAAUAAGCUCUU